AUGUACAUUGAACUCGAAAACACCAACACAUCAACUGUCGAAAUGCGUUCUCAUAUGCCUCCACCCAAGCGUCAGCGCGUGUCUCACCAGACCGUCUCCAAGGUCACUGCUGCCACCAUGAAAGCCCGCCUUACUAUCGAGAACUUUCACGAUGGUGAAACCGUCCACCAGCGAUGUAUCAUCAUCAAAGGUAUCUACAGCACUACUGUCCCAUGGAACGACUUCGUUACAAUCUCAUCAUCCGACGGCACCACCAAGACAUUCCCGCCCCAAACUUGGCCACUCGACGCCUCCCGCUUCAAAGCUAUCGCCUUCCUCUCCCCCGGCAAGAACAUCCUCACAAUCACCCGCUCCUCCACCGACGCCGAGGACCCCGCUCCCACAAUCCUCACCCUCAACUACAUCCCCCUCCUCCAGACGCCUGCCCUGCACCUCGCAAUCAUGGUCGCCAAAGACUCUCCCCUCCUCAUCGACUGCCCGCCCUCCAAAUACGGCCGCCUCUCAACGGCGCACUCCUCCCUCGACGCUGCCGUCGCCAAGAUGCGCAUGGCCGCAUACAUGUGGCAAGCCUUCACCGCCGAAGACAUGCGCAUGAAGGGCCUCGGCCGGCGCUCCUUCCGCCUUGAGGAGGAAUUCGCCGUCGACACAACCAGCCAAUCCUUCAUGUCCAUCGACGACUCGGCGCCGCGAAUGCAGUCAACCGCAAAGGUACACAUCAUCCGCUCCAGCAAGACCGUCGCCGAGCUCCGCGACGCGGACGUCGCGCAGCAGAACGAGGCCGCGCGCAACAGGAACAAGCUGUUCGACUACUUCCUCGAUGCGCUGGCGUCCCACGGCGCGCCGUUCGAGGAGUCAUCGCGCCCCGUCGUCGCGGGCAUGCUUCUCGACGCGCACUUCUCCACGGCGCAGAACAUGAUCCUGGGCCACGCCGCGCUGGGGUGCCAUAACCCCGAGGGCGUGUCGCUCGGCAUGAUGGGCAGCCACCUGGCGUACUCGUUCCCGCGGUUCGUCGAGGAGGUGACGGAGUCCCUGCGGGAUACGCGCGUGCCCGGGCGAACAGUGGGAAAUGACAACGGCGAGUGCGCGACGUUCUGGGAGGCGUGCUGUGUUGGGCAGGGCGCGUUCCUGCACGAGGUCGGGCACGCGUUUGGGGCGCCGCAUACCACGGGGAUCAUGGCGCGAGGGUAUCCGCGGCACUGGGCGCGGAACUUUUUGACGACGACGGCGCGGGCGGCGCAUACGCGCGAGCCGGAGGUUUAUGUCGACGGCGAACGUACGAUGAACGAUGCGCGAUGGGAUCUGAGGGAUGCGCUUUCGUUCCGGAUGCUUCCGCACUUUUGGAUGCCAGGGGAUAAGAAGAUCAAGGAGACGGGGGCUAGGACGAGUGCGCCUGUUGUGUCUGUGGUGAACCCCGAGAUGGAAGAUGUUGGCGUCGAGAUUUACUGCGUGGCGGGGAUUGCGUCGAUCGAGUUCAACGGGGAGGCGGAGGAAGAGCCGAGUGUGGCGGAGCCGUACAAAAAGGUGUUCUUCGAGCGCAAGGAGCUGGAGAACCGGUUCGAUCCAGAGGAGGAGUUGAAGCUUCACAUUCUUGGGAUGAAUGGCAGGAGCAAGACGGUGAAGGAUUUGUGGAGGGUGUUUGCCUCGUCGGAGUACGCCCGCAUCCCCGGGUCGGACGUCGUGCUGCGCAAGAGGUCUGUGAUGACCAAGGACUUGGAGGAGUCUGACGAUGGCAAGGACAAAUUCUGGAGCUGGGCAACGUUGCUCACGAAGGAAACCCCCAACGGCAAGAUUCUGCGCGCGUCGAGCAUUGACGUCCGGACGGGGUGUAUCCUCGACGGCGCGUACGUCAAGUUCCCCGAUGGCACCAAGGUGAACUGCGGGCCACGGAUCAGCAGGUGGGCGGGUGGUGAUCAUCUGCACGAGUUCGGCGGGCACGCGGCCGAGGAUGUGCAUUGGCCCAAGGGUGAGGAGAUUGUCAAGAUUCAGGUUGCGAGGGAAGACAACAUUCUGUGUGGGAUGAGGAUUCACUUUGAGAAUGGCAAGGCCGGCGGCGCGUUGUCGGGGAAUGAGGAUGACCCGUAUCAGACGCGGGAGGAGACUCUGACUUUGGAGGUGCAGGGUGAUGAGAGAAUUGUCGGGUUCUACGGACGCAGCUGGUGGGGACAUCACUUUGAUGGACUUGUUGAGUUUGGCAUCAUUACUGCGCCGAAGGGCGUUGAGUUGCCGGACCAGGUCUACAAGAUGAAGGAGCUGCAGAAUACCGAUGGCGGUCAAGAC